GUUGGUGGCCACACUUCUUCACCUCCCCCCCAUUUUCAACCUUUCCUCGUUCCUUUCUUCCCUGUUUCUCUUCUCGAGGGCGGUCUCACACAGUCUUAAUCAACAAUGGACACACAAGCUGAUCCAAAUCCUGAGGUUCUCUUCCGCCCGGUCAAAAGACGAAAGUUCCUGCGACGCCGGCCAGAGGAAGCAAACAGCCAACAGGCAAGUCAAGCUUCAGAAGAAGGUAGCUCAGCGCCUAGAUCCCCUCAGCAUGGCGGAGAAUCUGUACAACCUAUCGAUGCUACUCGACUCCGGCGACUUCAUCGUUCUCGAAAAGGUGGCAUCGAGUUCUCAACGACGUCACGGUUGCUAGCGGAGCAGGGAAACAACAACAAGACUUCCCUUUCAUCGGCCACGGCUGAAGACUUGGAAGGCGAUAGAUUGCUGGCUAUGUGUGAUCGAUUUACAGCACAUACAGGGCAAACUGUGGACGUCGAUAAACAUAUGAUGGCUUAUAUAGAAUCCGAAAUGGCUAAGCGAUACGGGCAGGGUGCGCCGGGAGAUGCGCCAGGUCAUGAUGCUUCUGCCCCGAGUGCAGCUUACAGUUCAUUAUCCUCGUCUAACCUUCCACCGCGCCAACCGGCCUCUCUCGGGAAACUACACGAAAUUGAUCUUGGUCAAGAGACUAAGCUACAGAACAUUGCACGGACCGCGGCGGCGACGAGGAGGCUCAAUGGUGACGAGGAAGGGUUCUCGCUCUCUGGCGUGUCGUUACUUGAGAAGGAGGAGAACUCCUAUCGAAAUCGAAAACGACGGACGAGCGAGGAUAUCGAAAGAGACCGGCUCGUGGAGGAGGUCUUGCGUGAAAGCAAACUGGAUGUAUAUGAUGAGCCAGAAGAGGAGGAAGAGGAGGAGGUGGAUGAUCAAGCUGCCGAUGACCGGGUUGCAGACCAAUUUCGGCGAGAUUUUCUGGAUGCCAUUCAAUCGCGUCGUCGCCGGGCGAGAAACAAAACUACGAAACCGCGCAAGCCGGAAGUGCGGAGAGGACCGAAGCUCGGUGGUAGUAGAAGCGCCAGAGCGGCGAUGCGUGAAAUGCUGGGAAAGGCGGGACGAAAGUAGUUACAGUAUAAUCCCCUCCCGACAGCUUCUGCCAGCCCAAAUCCAUCCUCGUUAGCAUGCAGCCCGAGGCAAGGCUUAGGAUCAGGGGGAUUUACGAUGGACAAAAAGCGCAUGGCACAUGGGGAGUGCAGAAUGAGCCGUGUUUAAUAAGAGAAGGUCAUUCAUUUCCUUGCCGUCUUUGAGUGGAAAUAUGUGAGGGACGGAGUAGGGGGAAAAGGGCUUCAUUGAUAAUAAAUAAAUCCCAAUAGAUUGGCAAUUUACUGUAUAAAUAAUACCAGGUCUAAUUUUGUUUCCCAGGCUGAUGUAUCUGGUCCUAUACC